AAAUCUCAAAAAGUGACGUACUUGUCAUGUAAGUCACCAUUUAUUAAUUUAUAAAAGUACUUAGUUAUAUAUUUCAUCUGCUCAUACAUUAUAUUUCACAAAAAAUUAAAAACGAUGCCUGUGAAAGACAACCUGGAUACUUCAAAAUUAGACACGAAAUUAGUAGAGCAGAAUAUGGAUGAAAAUGGACCAACACAGAUUCGAGAGCUUACACAAACAGACAGGCUAAAUAGAAGUCUUUUGCAAUCAUUUCUUGCUAGAAUUAAUCAGCCAAAUUCAAAUUUUAAUAUAGAAAAUAGAGAAAGAAGCAACACAAGUGCUAAAAACCAUGUAAACAAUUUCCAUUAAAUCUGUCAAAAUAAUAUAACCUAAAAAAAUAAAGGGCGGGAAGUUUCUUGGAGUUUGGUCAAACAAGUUGUUUUGAAUUAGGAAAAUGUCUUCUGAUAAUGAGUAUUUCAGUGAAAACGAUGAUAUUCAACCAAAUUCCAUUAAUUUGGAGGACAGCCCACGUGAAAUUUCUAUUAUUGAAGAUGAAAGUGGAGGAAAUGAUGAUCAACAAAAUGAAAAUAACAAAGAUGAAUCUAAAAAGGUAGUAGUAAAACCCAAAAGGAUAAUAAGAAAUCCAGCUCCUAAAUUUAAUGAACAUACUAUAAGAAAUGAAAAAGGUUUACCUGCUCUAUUAAAUCAUUUCAAGGAUGUGAAAUUUAAAGGACAUGGACAUGAAGAAGAGGAUUUGAAUAAACUUUUGAAAAUAUAUGAAUAUUGGUGUCAUCGUUUUUAUCCUAAAUUUACAUUUGAUGACUGUAUUCGAAAAUUAGAAGCAUUGGGCAGUAAGAAGUCUACACAGAUUUAUUUGAAAAAGAUCAGAAUGGGAAUUGAGGAUUUUUAUCAGGAAACAAGUGGAGACAACAUUCAAACAGAAGGUUUUGUUGAACCUUUUGAUGAUCAUUUUUCAACUCUAAUGCAUGAACCUGAACCAGAGUUGACAGAAGCACAAAUAGAACAAAUAAAACAAAAUAAAUUGAGGGCUGAGGCAAUUAGAAGAGAAAUAUUGUCAAGAAUAAAUGGUGAACCUAGUCAGAAAUAUAGUGUUGAUACUGUCUGUGAAAAUGAUCAACAUGAUUUAGAAGUGCAACUAAGUGAAGAAGAAUUGGGGAUAGACAAUAUUUUGAAAAUGGUGAAUGAAGACAGUGUUUCAUCUAGUUCUGAAGCUGCUCUAAAUAAAAAUGAGGAACAGUUAUAUGACAAAAAAAUUUCAAAUGCUAUACGAAGAAAUAUUCUAAGUGACAGUGAAAAUGAAGAAAGCCCUAAUGAUGUCACUAAAUUGCAUAAACGUCACUCCCCAGAAAGUAAGGAGGUAUCAGAAGAUGAUAAAAGUAAUCAUUCAGUCCAUUCCUAUAAUUCAACUGCCAGUAGUAAUGAAAGUACCCUUUUACAUAGUUCUCAAUUAGGAAAGUUGAAAGGUAAAUCCAAGAAACAAAUCAAUAACCUAGGGUCAUUUAGGAGAAAAAGGAAUAUUUCAACUGAUAGUGAUGACACUUUACAGAGUUCAUGUUCAUUGCAACACCCACCUAAUCAAAAGAAAAAAAAAUCUAUUUCAAGCAUAAUCAAGACAUUAUCAGAUAAUGAUGAUGAGCCAGUUCAAAGUAAUGGUAGUACUGACAUUUUGAUUAAAGAAAAUCCCAGGAAUAUCACUGAUGAAGAUGUUAAUCGAAACAUAGAUAAUUUUGUUGAUAGUGAUGAUGAAUUAAACAGUUUUGAUAAUACAAGAAAGCAUAUUCAUGGAUUGAAGCCAAAAAGACGACUUAUUGUAGAUAGUGAUGAAUCUGACUAAAAUAGUCAUGUUAUUUCUUACAGAAUAUUUAAUUUUGCUCAUCUAAAUAUUUAUUGUUUUAAGCUUUUACUUUUGCUUUUUUUAUGCACCUUGGGCAGCCAAACAUCUAAUUGUAUGGAUUAAUUUCAUUAUUCACUUUUGAAAACCUUUAUUAACAGAAAAAUUGUUGACAUCAUUUCACACCAAAAAAUUUCACCAUAUCAGUGGAAUUAGAAGACUUUAAUCAUUUGUAAUUCAACCAAUUGAAAAUGAAAUUAUUUUUAAAAUCUAUAUUUAAGUUAUCAGACUAACAUCAAAUGUACAUAACUAUAGUUAUUUCAUACCUUCCAGUAAAAGCAUAUUUACUAAAGCGCAAUAUCUUGAUUCAACUUUUUUAUUUUGAAAGUGCGUGAUACUUCAAUUGAACAAUUGAAUGUUUAACUCUUAUCUAGAUAUUUUGAUGAUUCAACAAUAGUAAGUAUAAUGCCUGUCUACAGUGGAGUUCGUUAAAUGAGACCAACAUAAUUUGGAAUUAUUGAGAUACCAAAAAUGUAUAUAUAGAAAAAUGUGUUGGUCUAACACAGAAGUAAGCAGGCUUUAUUCUGAACAUAUAAGCAGAAACUAUGGGAAUUGCACUUUUAAUUAGCGGUUUUAAUAUACUCAAGUGGUGAAUCUGAUGGUUUUUCCUUUUUUAAUUUCAUUGCUAAACUAGUGGAUUUUAAAGCAAAUCUGAAGCUGAUUUAUUUUUGUCUCUUUAAAUUUUUGCACGUGUUUUAUUAAAAUUAUGUUGUUUAGUGGUGGUUUGCAUCAUCACACUUCAAUAUCCAACAAUAACAAUGCUAAUACAUAUUUGACUCUUUGCUACUAAUAUUUUUGCCAGCAAUGCAAUGCAAAAGGAAAAAAUCGUGUUGCACACAUCAGAUAACUUAUUUAGAAUUAUUUGGAAAUGAAAUUAUUGCCAUUUAUUUCAUUCAUAUGGUAUGUUACAAAACUCAUAUAUUCCUCAAAAGCUUUUGAAUCCAUUUCUUAUGACAAAAUAUGUUGAAAAGGUGAUUGGUUAAUUCCUCAAAUGUAUUUUGAUAUUUUAACAAAAAUAUUCAGUAUUUGAUGUUAUAUAUUGUCAUCAUGGUUUUCAUUUCUCCUCUUUUUAUGAAGUUCAAAUAACUUAAGGGUAUUUAUAAAUUUUCAAAUAACACUUUAUAUUUGUGGACACUGAGUUUUAAAUUUAUUUGUAUAUAUAAACAGUUCAUAAUAAUUGAUGAGAAAUGAAACUAGCAUAAUUCACUUGUUUUAUAUAUAUGGAUGAUUCAUUUGGUAUAUCAUAAGUAUAACAAAGUAUUUUUGACUUAAAACUGUUGCUCAUCACAGACUUUGCUAUGUCUGAGAAUUUAGAAAGUUUUAUAAAGAUAUUAUUUUGUUUCAUGUGAAGGAAUAAUUAGUUUUAACUUCAUAUAACUAAUGAAAAUAUUGAUGAGUGUCUAAAAGUAUGUACAUUCAUUUGUAAACUAAUAUUACCUCAAAAUAUAAGAGUUCUGCUUUGUAUACACUUUUUUAUACAACUGAAAAAUAAGGAAGAUGUAUGUAUCUAUUGGGGUAUCAUAUACACUGCGACCCAAAGGAUCUAUAUAUUGGAGACCCAGUGUUUACAGCUGAUCUGUUAAUCCCAAUCCUUUUAGAAAAUCCAGAAUGUUGGAUGGUUGUAGCUGCCAAAGAUCUUCGUCUUCUAUUUCAUACACUCUUAGGUGUAGUGCUCUGGAGUUCUGUAAUAUUUCACAGUUUAAGAAAAUGUGGAUUAAGGUUUCGUCCUCUGUGCAACUGAAUCUGCACGCCGCCUCAUCAUAUGCUAGGUCUAUCAUCUUCAGGUGUUUGUUGAAGCGACAGUGCCCCGAUAGAACUCUUGUUAGUAUUUGUAGAUUAUUCUUACUUAGGUUGAUACAUUCAGCAGAUCUACUUUGGUUAUAGUUUCCCAGAAGAGUCUUUGCCUGUCUCAACCCCUGUAGGUUGUCCCAAUAAUUGUUUUUGCUCCUAUCUAUUUUCUUUUCCAAUUGCUUUUUCUAGUAUUCUAAAGCUGAUAUUACAAAAGGGUUCAGGUCCCAUGAAGGGCUUGUCUGCCCCAAAUAAGGAAGAUACAACCUAUUGAAAACAUUUACUUACCUCAUCCUAUAUAAAUACGAGGUAGUUUUGGAAGAAAAGUGAGAAUUAUUUGUUCACAUUUUCAAUAUUGUAAUUAAAUUUUAAUAAAACCGAUUCCAUUUUUAUUGUUAAAAAGGUGCUCAUGGAAUGAUUGGAAUCAUUUUCGAUUAUUCAUAUAUUUACUAAAAUCAUUACAUCUUUUCAAUACAUCAAGUAGUACAAAUUAUUGGUCAAAAUAAAUAUGAACCACUAGAUCAAAAGCUUUUGGCAAAUAUAUGAAAAAUAAUGUUUUUAAUUUACCUCUUUAAAUAGAAUUAUUCAGUUUACAUAAUGAAGUACAAGCUCUCAUUUUGGAACGUAUCAUAAAAUGGGAUGAAUAGGGACACUUUUGUAUUUUUAGUAAUGUAGCAUAUUUAUUUUGUAUCAAAAUUCAUUAAAAAACACACCAAAUCUUACGCCUACAUCCCCUCUAUUAUAUAUUUACUGGUUGUAGAUUCUGAAAAAAAAUAAGUCAGCAAAAAAAAAUUGAUCAAACCAUCCCGAUUUUGUUCUGUUGUAUCGGAAAUUUGGAGGACCACCAACUCUCCAGCUUUCAUAUAGAUUUUGUGCCUUGUAUACGGUGGCAGUAUAUCAUCAUCACCUGAUGCUGCAAACAUCACUGAUAUCGAAGACUGGCGUGAGUUCUUGAUGCGUUCUGGGUACUUAUAGCCUCGUUUAGUAAUGAUAAGGUGUCGUCCGGGAUCAUCGCUUAAAUUCGUCUCAUCGAAGUUUAUUAUAUUAGAUGAGGGAAUAUCUUUCAGUUCUUUUUCAAAAUAUUCACCGACGGUCUUCCGAGAAACAGCAGAACGUUUGAUAUUCUGGUACAUUUUUGUAGAUGGCGGUUCAGGAUAUUCUGGUACAUUUUUGUAGAUAAGUCAUUGCGAUGGCGGUUCAGAAAACUAUAUACAAAAUCCCGCCCAGGAAGAUUAUCCUUAAAUCGUUUGGUUGAUUUACCUUAUCGAUCCAGAAAGCCUUUGACAAGAAGCCUUAGAGUGAUUAUAUCCACUGGAUAACCCCAGUCUCCACGUCUUUGUAGCGACUAAUAAAAAUCUUCUAUUAUUUUUUCGUGAGUACUGGCUGGCCACUUUUUUCAAAUACGAUCUCUCAAUUGUAUAUGUCUGUGGAGAACAGUUGUGUUUAUAUCUAACGAUUUGAUCAGCUUUACAGCCUUUUCUGUAGUUUCGGCAGAAUAAUGAUUGUGAUUUUUUGUAGGAAUGUAUUUUCUCGGCAUUCUGUAUCGUUUUUCAAACCUAAAACAAUACAAGCUUAAUUGAUUUGAUUAUGAAAUAAAAUAUUUCAAUAUAUAAAUGUAUUUGAUUAUAGUAUAAACAACAGUUGUGCCAAGUUAGCUGUCCGUGUUGUGGGAUGAAUGGGAAUAAAAAAUAGCUGUGUUCCCUUUUACCCUACUUCAAAAUUUGGUGAUGUCAUAACCUAAAAAAUUCCAUUUUAAGGUACUUUCAGAUCUAGAAAUGAAUGUAAGUAAUUUUAGACCAUCUUGUAUACCUAUGAAAUGUCUUAAAUAUCCCAAGAUAAUUUAUCCAUACCCUAUAGAAAAUAUUUAAUUUUAUAAUAAAUUUGAUUCGGAGUAGCAUUCAUUUGGGUCAUAUUAUGAAGUUUUUCACAUUAAUCUGAAUCCUGAAACUUCAGCUAUUACCUACUUACCAAAUUUGAGUUACGUCUCGUAUAUUGUAUCUAAACACUUUUUAGGUUGUAUUAUUUCAAAUAAAUACACUUAUAAAAUUAA